AUGCACCACACAGCUCUCGCUGCCUUGGCGGCACUCACCCCCCUUGUUCAUGCCCACGGUGUCGGUCUCCCCAAAAUUGUAGGAUUGAACCCACGGGAUCUCAAAGCAAGGGAAUUGCUUGGUAACCUGGGAGCACGAUUUGCGGAGCCCCAUGAGUUCCUCAAGGCACCUGAACAGAAACUCCAGGCUCGCCAAGACGACCGCCGAUGCGGAGCUGGCAUUGGCUCUUGUGCUGCGGGCGAGUGUUGCUCCGAAGGAGGCUACUGCGGGACCGAUGACGACUUCUGCUACUCCCCCGGAUGCAACUAUGCAUACGGCCCAGGGUGUCCAGACAACGUUACUCCCAGUGGCACGAACACUUCCAGCAUUGCACGUACCAAAGUUGGAGAUGUCCUGUAUGGCGGAGACGGUAUCUACAACUGUGUGAAACCCGGCACUGUUGCGCUCACCUACGACGACGGCCCACAGAAGGUCUUCACUUCCCACAUCUUGGACGUCCUGGACUCGUAUGGCGCCAAAGCCACCUUCUUCGUAACAGGCAACAACAUCAACAAAGGGCAAAUCGACACCACGCCCGAAUUCGUCGCCGACAUCAAGCGCAUGGACUCGGAGGGCCAUCAGAUUGCCUCGCACACCUGGACCCACUUGGACCUCAGCGCCGUCUCCCAGCUCGACCGCAAAAACCAGAUGUGGAAGAAUGAAAUGGCGAUUCGCAACAUCAUCGGCAAGAUCCCCACGUACAUGCGUCCACCUUACUCGAGCUGCACAGGUCAAUGCGAGACCGACAUGGCCGACCUAGGCUACCACGUCAUCUACUUUGACGUUGACACAGACGACUACAACCAGGACUCGCCCGCCCAGAUCCAAAACUCCAAACACUGGUUCCGCGGCAACAUCACGCAAAACGGGGCCAAACCGGCAUCCAGCCAAUGGCUCGAAAUCGGCCAUGACAUCCACGAGCAGACGGCCAUGAACCUGACCGACUACAUGCUCUCCACCCUCACCCAGCUCGGCUACAAGGGCGUCACCGUCGGCGACUGUCUCGGUGACCCAAAGGCAAACUGGUACCGUGUUGCCGGAGGCGCAGGAUCCGGCACUGGCACCGGCACCUCGAACCCACCAGCCGGCUCCUCGACACCCCCUCGCGCCUCCACCGCCCCUUCAUCUGGAAACCACAAGAUGACAACAGACGCCACAUGCGGCGGAAAAAACAAAUACACAUGCCUGGGCAGCUCCUUUGGCAACUGCUGCUCCACAAACGGCUACUGCGGCAGCACCCCCGCCUACUGCGGAACAGGCUGCCAACCGGACUUUGGAAACUGUGGCUCCAACGGCUCGGCACCCUCCAAGGCUUCUCCUAAGCCCUCGCCCUCGCCUGCCGCUACCUCGCCCGCCACCGGUGCGGCUAAGGUCUCAAAAGAUGGACGUUGUGGCGGCAAAGGGAAGUUCACUUGUGCCAAGUCGUCGUUUGGCAAUUGCUGCUCGCAAUACGGGUACUGUGGGUCUACGGCUGCGUACUGCAGUGCGCCGGCGGGCUGCCAGGCUGGAUUUGGGUCAUGUACUGCGUAG